GGUGUGUGAGUCCUCGGAAAAAGUGCGGCCGGGGCAGGCUCGUGCCGGCCGGAAGCGGCUCAAAACAGCAGCACUGCACUGCAGCAGGCCGGCGUCCGAAUCCAUCGUCAUCAAUUCGGCAUUUCUUCCCCCGUACAGCCUACCAACCAACUACUACAGCACAGCACGGAGAGAGUCUUGACCUCGGAGCGAGCGAGAGCGAGAGAGAGAGCUCCACCUCCUGCUCGUAGCUCCUGCUACGCGGCUGUAUUUAUAGCGAGCGUCCUGGCCUCUCUUCUCCCUGCUCGCUCCUAGCUGGGGUGGGGAGGGAAGAAGAGGACAAGCAGCACGCCAACGCGGGAGCAUACCGACAGCUCCAGGGAACGAUUGAAGGAGUAGGAGAAAGAGAAAGAACAAGCGUGGGAUACAGACAACGAGAAGACCGACGAGCCGCGACACCGCCACUGCCACCCCGCUCCGAAGUCCUAGCUCGUGCUACAAAGGAAUAAACCAAGGCCGGCCCAUGUCUUCAUCUAGCGGCUGUAACCGCGGGCGAGCAGUCCUCCCAGUCACUGCCUCCCUCGUUCCCUUCCUGCUCCUCCUCGUCGUCGUCUCGUGCCAGGCCGCCCUGGUGGUCUCCGCGACGCACACGCACGGGCACGGCGGCGGGAAGCAUGCCGGCGCCGCGCGGGCGGCCUUCCGUGCCGGGGACGAGCAGGAGGCGUACGCGAGGAUCAUGGCGCGCAUGGCCAGGAUGGACAAGGACUCCAACAUGACGAUACAGAGCCCCGACGGCGACGUCAUCCACUGCGUGCCGGCGCACCUGCAGCCGGCGUUCGACCACCCCAGGCUGAGAGGGCAGGAGCCCGAGGACGAGCCCGUGGAGAGGCCCAUGUCCAAGGGCGGCGCCGCCGAGGAGGAGGCCGGCGUGUUCCCGCAGGCGUGGAGCGACGGCGGCAGCAAGCGGUGCCCGGCGGGGACGGUGCCGAUACGGCGGACGGCGGCGCGCGACGUGCUGCGGGCCAGCUCCGCGCGCCGGUUCGGGAUGAAGGCCCGCGGCGGCGGCAGCAGCAGCAGCAACGCCCGCCGCGACUCCACCAGCAGCGGCCAUGAGCACGCGGUGGGGUACGUGACGGGGGACCAGUUCUACGGCGCCAAGGCCAGCCUGAACGUGUGGCCGGCCAAGGUGGCGUCGGCGGCGGAGUUCAGCCUGUCCCAGAUCUGGGUCAUCUCCGGCUCCUUCGGCAACGACCUCAACACCAUCGAGGCCGGAUGGCAGGUGAGCCCUGAGCUGUAUGGCGACAGCAGCCCGAGGUUCUUCACGUAUUGGACGACCGAUGCGUACCAGGAGACUGGGUGCUACAACCUGCACUGCUCCGGCUUCGUCCAGACGAACAGCCGGAUCGCCAUUGGAGCCGCCAUCUCGCCUACCUCGGUCUACAACGGCCGGCAGUUCGACAUCAGCCUGCUCAUAUGGAAGACUGACGUACGCGCGCGCGCGCAGGACCCGCACCGGGGGAACUGGUGGCUGCAGCUGGGGUCGGGCCCGCUGGUGGGGUACUGGCCGUCGCUCCUGUUCACGCACCUGGGCGCCCACGCCGACAUGGUGCAGUUCGGCGGCGAGGUGGUGAACUCGCGCCCGGCGGGGGCGCACACGCCCACGCAGAUGGGGAGCGGCCACUUCCCCCGCGAGGGAUCCAACCGCGCAGCCUACUUCCGCAACCUGCAGGUCGUCGACGCCGACAACAGCCUCGUCGCCGCCGCCGCGCUCCGCCUCGUCGCCGACCGCCCGGGCUGCUACGACAUCCAGGGCGGCUACAACACCGCCUGGGGGAACUACUUCUACUACGGAGGGCCCGGCAGGAACGUGCACUGCCCGUGAUCUGUCUCUGUCUCUGUUGGUAGCCGACGCCCGACGACGUACGACCAUGAAUAUACGUGCACAGAUAGACAUACAGAGAGUGAAGAAGAACGUACGGAUCACCGACCCUGCCGGAGUUGCAUCGUCGUCGCUCAUCAACCGGCCGGACAUGGAUCGUAUAAUAGCAACACUGCUAGUCAUAUAUAAGCUACAUCUAGUCCCUCGUUUAGUUACUGCAUGCAUGCUAAUGAGUUUUUAAGCAGCCCGACUGCGUAUACGCGGCCGGGACGGUAGCAGAGAGGCAAAAGGUUUCGAACUUUCGAUAUUUGAUGUAUGUGGGCUUCUUUCGUUUGCAUUGGUCUGAUUGUUUUUUUUGUCUUGGGUUAUGUAUAUACAUGAAGAAAUCCACAUAUAGUAUUUUCUUCAUCA